ACUAAAUCCACUAACCCCUACAAGUUCCACCACCUUCAAUCCGUAUAUUGUAUUGUACAUAGAAAAGAAGUCUAGGAAACACCAGGCGCUCAAGACAUCGCCCUCUGGCGCGCACCCUUCGAAUAGACUCACUCUUACUCUCGAAUUUCGGCUCGUCCUGUCUGUAUACCUGAUAUGCGUCAAUUAUAGCUGAAAGGCGCACCCUGUCUGCCUCCAUGCCACACCCUUAAAAACGUCCCCCGAUCGUGCCAGUGCCAACCUUUACCGACUCCCACUCUCCUCUCCCUAACGAUAUAGACUCUACCUUUGAUCCGACAUCAUGGCUUCCUACGGGAAUACUAUGCCCAUGGCCGCUCCUCGCCACGGCCAGCAGGCCGCUUACGGUGCGCCAAUGCAGAUGCAUGGCCAAAUCCCCUUACAAGGACCGCCCGCCCCUGCUGGCACCUUCGCUCCAGGCACCAAGAUACAGGUCGGCAACCAUAGGGUAGUGAUUCAGAAAUACUUGUCCGAGGGUGGAUUUGCACAUGUCUAUCUGGUGAAGAUGCCACAGCCUAUCAAUGGAACUGACCAAGCCGUGUUGAAGAGAGUCGCCGUGCCGGACAGGGAGACUCUUCGUGGGAUGCGGACUGAGGUUGAGACAAUGAAACGACUCAAAGGACAUAAAACAAUUGUCACAUACAUCGACUCGCAUGCAUCAGAGCUGAGCGGUGGCGGUUACGAGGUCUUCUUGCUUAUGGAAUAUUGCAAUGGAGGAGGACUGAUCGACUUCAUGAAUACCCGGUUACAACAUCGUCUUACCGAGCCCGAGAUUUUGAAUAUUUUCUCAGACGUUGCAGAAGGUGUUGCUUGUAUGCAUUAUCUAAAGCCACCUUUGCUACAUCGAGAUUUGAAGGUCGAGAACGUCCUAAUUACGAUGCAUGGAUCCCGGAGGAAAUUCAAGUUGUGCGAUUUUGGCUCGGCUGCACCGCCGAGAGCCGCACCUCAGACGGUCGUAGAAUGCCGCCUGGUGGAUGAAGAUGUCCAAAGGCAUACUACAUUACAAUAUAGAAGUCCCGAGAUGAUUGACGUAUACCGGAAACAACCGAUUGACGAGAAGUCGGACAUUUGGGCCCUGGGCGUACUUCUUUAUAAGCUCUGCUACUAUACUACACCCUUUGAGGAACAAGGACAACUUGCUAUCCUAAACGCAAGUUUUAGGUUCCCUAGCUAUCCUCCCUUUUCGGAUAGACUAAAAAAACUAAUUGCAUCUAUGCUACGGGAAGACUUGCGAUCUCGGCCAACCAUUUACCAAGUGCUCCGAGAAAGCUGCUUGAUGCAGGGUAUCGAUGUACCCAUACAUGAUAUUUAUUCUGGAAAAUCUCGAUCAGAUGCAAGAAGCGACAAGCAGCCAUCUUCAGGUAGGGAUAGCAGGGGCACUCCAGGCAUAGGUGCAGUAUAUUCUCCACCACCACAACCGCAAACUCAGGCGAUACCCGAGGUUACGCCCAUGAGGCGUGGAAGGCCAUCUGCUGCUAGUCAGUCUGUUCCAAGCCAGUCUACGCCAAAACAAGCGCCAAAACCGAGCCCAUCUCCAGCGAGGGUUACAAACGGCGACCCGUUCGCUGCUCUCGACUCCAAGACGGGAUCAAAAAUCGAUGCGGACGAAUUAUCAUCGAGAUUCCCAACACUCGAUCAGUUCUCUCUCUUACACGACCAGGGCACGAAGUUUGAUUUCGACAGCUCGGCACCCCUUGCGGAUCCACCACUAAGCCAACGUGUUACCGACCAGCUUGCAGAUGAUGCUUUUGCUAGGCCUCAAUCCACAGUGGGAGCGGCCCCCUCAAGCCAGCGACAGUCGUCAGAUCUAAACCGAGUGAGGUCGGUAAACGCUGCGACUGAUAUACGAAGGUCGUCUCCCCCACCCGGCUCUAUUAACAAGCCUAGUUCUGCUCCUCCUAAGCCUGCGGAGAUGAGCCGUGCCUCAGCUAUAAUCUCUAGCAAUCCCGAGCUCCAAGCUAUUUCAUCUCCGCCUCAGGUUUCGCAAGAUACAGCAAAGCCGGCCAUGGUGUCAAUCGGGACAAUGACCGGUGAUACACCUAGCCCUGAAAGACAAAUCCGAGAUUAUCCCCCAAUUCACCGAUUCCCCGUGGCGGAUCAACAGCGCGCAUCUAGCUUACCUACACAGCAACAGUUAACAGGCACUGGCCAAAAACGGCCGGAUUUGACUUAUCCAUUACGACCCACGCCAACUCCUCGUCUUGAUUCCUUCCCACCACAGCAAGGACAUGCCCGACACUCAUCCUCAUCGCGCCCAUCCCUCGAAGCUGGUCGACCGAGUGCCGAACAACUAGAUUCGCUAUCCAAACCGCCAAUUGGAGGACGUCCCAGGCCUGCUAGUACUUAUCUUGAAUCCGACAUAGACUACCUUCGAGAGCGGGAAGCGGCACCUAGGCCACUCCGUUCGCCUGGCUUUUCGCCAAAAUUGCGCGGAAAUUCCUUGUCACCGAGGCUUGAGCCCCAAGACGACACGGUGAUAGAAUCAAACGUGGACUUCCUCCGAUCGAUGGAGGACCCAGAUGGAAAAAAGAAGGAUAAAGGUAUCAAGCAGCAUGGGAAGCGUGCUAGUAUCACUUCCUUGUCUGGUACCAAAAAUAUCCUUGCUGGGAGGUUUGGGGAUGCUUUCAAACGGUUCGAGGGUAACCCUUCGGCUUCGGGUGCACGGACACCGUCUCCUCUUAAGGAUAUGGAACGUCACGAUCUAACCCCUAUCGCGGGGUCAGAAGCAACUGAUGGUCGUAGCGAUGACGGUCACCCUCUCGGGGAGCCCGAGAUGACGCCAGAGAUGCGACGGGAGCUAGAGGCCCAAGCCCUCGCCGAGGAGGAACGGCGGGUGGAGGCAGCGCAAGCUGAAUACAAGCAGCGAAUGGCGGCACGAGACGCCGGAGGCCCAUCGGCCCCGCUACCCAAGAGCAUCGGCGGCGUAUCACGGGCUGUGAGCAUACAGAACCGCGUGCAGAACCUGCUGGACGAGUCCCAGAAGUCCUCGCAGCAGGUCCAGCGCACGGCGACGGGAUACGGUAAGUUCUCGGACGCCGCCGUGGCGAAGACUCGCCCGGAGAAGCAGGCUCCCGAGGUCCCCAAGAAACUAGUCACCGGCGGACGCGGAAAUGGCCCUCCGCUCAUGCCGGUUUCUACCUCGGUCGAGGUUCCAAGAGGACGCGCCCCGGCUGAUCCGAGUUCGCCGAAUAAACCGACGCUUCCACCCAAACCUACGCACCUAAAUAAGUUACCAACAGGAGGUGGCAGCCGAGCGAGGUCACCACCGAAAGGACGAUCCGCUGGCCCAGCCCAACGGAGCUCUUCAGAGCAUCUUGCCGGCGUGGGGCUCCCCGGACGGCCGAUCCUAGAUAUGAGCUUCAAGGAGAAGGAGGACUACAUACAGGACUUUACCAAGCGAUAUCCGAGCUUGAGCUCGAUCGAGAUGGUAGAGCGCGACCUCGAUGACGAGGUGGACGGGAAGCCGAGCCGAUAACGCGUUCGACGAUAAUAUAAGGGGGAAGGGGAGGGGGGGUUGAGGCUUGGAAGAUGAGAUAGAAGAAUAGAAGCGGUAGAGGAGGGGCCACAACAAACAGGUUAUAGACAAGUUAAAGCCAAAGGCAAGAUAAAGCGGGAGCGGGGGUUUGAAAGUUAGCCAGCCAUCCAACGGGAUAUUUAUUUUAUACGUACUACUAUGUAUGUGUAUGUAAUGUACGGAACGUGUACGUGACCUUUUUUUUUUGUGGAGGCGGCGUUUUAGUACCUAUUAUUAGGUAUCUACCACUGCUACUACUACUACUAUGUUCGUUGUUCAAGUGGCGACGCCUGCGAGCAGACAAUUGUUAGACGUGGGAUUGGCGUUUGAAGCAAGAAAGGCAGGCAGGCAGGCAAUUGAAUAGUUACCCACCCGCAUCGGUUUCUUGAGUUAUUGAUUGUUGUAAUGUAUGGUACGGCGUGUUGUGUGUGUGCCUGCUAAUGUAUGUUAUGCUUUUGUUCGAUGUUCGAGGUGAAGAGGUUUUGUAAUAGACAUAAUAUCGUAUUAAUGAGAUUUGUGGAUGGGUUGUUGGCGAGGUGUAGGUAUUUGGU